UUGCCGACCGAUCAACUUGAGAACGAACGCUCUCUUGAGACCACGGACAACAGCCCAAGACAGUGGCAAUCGGACAUUGCUUGUCCGGCCCAUCCUCACGCGCACCUCCACCUGUGCAUAGCCUGACAGUCCUCUUGAUGACGAAUUGAGUUUGGCUUGACUUUGACCGGAAAACAUCUUGUCUCUUCGUCAUGGAGGACAGGCCAACACUGGGAUCUGCCGACGGCGCACAUCCCAGGUCGGCCACCCUCUUGGCUUCAAUCAAACGCACUGCCAAUCUUGCUCAUCACCAACCGAGAACAGAGCAAUCGCGCUCUCCUGUUGCCUCGACCUCUGCAGUCCCCAUGUCUGGUCCUACGCUCUCAUCGGGGUCAGCGAGCAGCUCUAGCUCGACCUCCGCCAGAGAGAUGCUUGCUAGGAGGCGUAGGAGGAGGAGAGAGAGCGCGGACGCGAGCACGAGCACCGUGAGACCAGUGUCGCCUGCUCGAUCAACGCACUCGCGCUCAUACUCCUCCUCUGGCUCCUCUGCUGCUACAACGCUCGCAACAGCUUCUCAUACAAUCUACUCGAGCGCAUCGCCUUGGUUGCCCAUCACGACAAUGCUUGUGCCCCAAGCCAUGCAAAGGCAGAGAUCCUCGCACAGUCCGACUGCGAUUCGCAAGUCUCGCGUCUUGCCCAAGAUCGACACAACUGCUCAAUUGAUCGUGGCUAGCCCAGAGACGCUCUCACCCGCAGCAACUCCGUCUGUGUCGCCCACAAAGCUAGACAGCAUGACGCCCAACCAGGAUAGCUUCCACCGCCGAACGCAGUCUGAUCACGCCCAUCUCACCCUGUCUCGCGUGAUCGAGCUCGAGCGACAGCAAACGCUCCGGCAGGGCAAGCCAGAAGACACUGAAGGGCUCGCACCGCCACGCCUGGGUCGCUUCGAGCAAAGAUCGCAUCCUUACUUGCAAAGUCCUAGCGAUCUCGACAGCGUAUCCGAAUCUGCGCGAUCUUCGUCGUCCAGACUGUCGUCUUCUUCGUCAGCCUCGUCUGCAUCAUUCAAGUUCCCAGAGCGAUUACGGGCAGGUUUGCAAUCGCGCGACAGCCUCGGAUCGCUGUCUUCGAACUACUCCGCUUCGAGCGUGCCGUCCACGACUGCCUGCAGCGAGGCUGGUGAUGAGGAUGCGCGCACGCGCGGUCUUCUCGUGCGCGAUUCGAGCGGCAAGCGUCGCUCGACCUCUCAGGUCAGAUCUGAUCUCGACAAAGCCAAAGAGCGCGUACACUUGCAGUCUACCUCAUCAGAUCGUACAGAUCUCGAUAGUACGAUGCGGUCUACACGCAGAAGAGAGGCAGUAGAAUUGUCGCUGUCGAUCGGCUCUCCGUCUUCGCUCAGCAGGCGUCACACGCUUGGCCAUCCCCCGCGUUCAAUCUCAAGCGGCAGCGCCUCCUCCGCGUCAGCUUCCAGCAUCUCGCUCGCAUCAGCUGGCAGUCUUGGAAUCUUCUCGCCCGCUUACUCCUCAGAAUCGCUCUCAUCAAUCCAUUUGUCCGAUGAAGCGGCUUCCUCGACUGAUUCGCUCGCAUCCCUCACGCAGGACAAGCAGCGAGCAAUCCAAGCGAGAGGCGGUGACACAAUCGUCUCUUCUGCUGGCGUAUCAGACUUAUCCGAUCGCAUAUUUAUGCUGCCGUCGAGUACAUGUCGCCGGAGACGGAACACGCUAUCAACAAGCUAUGGCGCAUCGGCGUACCCCGUUCAACACCUCGUGGGGCAUCAUCCUUCGGCUCUCGCGGCGUCAGCUUCAAUUUUGUCAAGUAAGCUGGCGCAGCAUCCGCACAGUCAGCAGCACCAUCGUGCUGUAGUUCGCAAAGCAUCGACAUCUGCCAGCAGCGCAUCUGGGCUGCGGAUAAGCUGGCCCAUUCCGCCCCUCACGCAAAGCUUCAUUCUUGUCUCCCUGCUCGUGAACGUUGCCUCAAUCUGGCUCCCGCCGUUUACUACAGAUCGCCUACCCGCAGGACUGCUCAAGCAUCUGCCCCACCCAGUCAUGUGUUCGGCGCCGAUCAACAUGCUCAGACCGCGAUACGGGACCGGUAUUGCGGAAUACGCCAACGCGUUCUUGUCCUUGUUCCUGGUUGGUGCAGGCUCACAAGCUGGCCCAGCCAUGCAAGGCUUCUAUAUCAAACUUCUGCUUAGCUUGCUCAACGUUGCCAUCUUGGGUCUUCUCGAAGAUGCUUUCAGACGACAUGCGUUUGCGCAGGUCAAGGCAAACAAGCAGAAGGACUCGCUCGUCGCAUCUGGCGAGCUACAGCGUCGUCAAUCGCAUCGUCAUCGUAGAGCACACUUAUCUUCUCUUCAUCUCGAUUCAAAUGCUCUCAGCUUGAGUCUACAAGGUCACAAUGACGCUCAUCAGCCACACCUCUGGCCGAUGGUGCUGCUCUGCUCAGGUCUCUGGAUCUUGAUCAUCAGCAUUCGGCUGCUUUACGGACAAGCAUUCAGUCGCUGGACGGGCUGGGCAGCUCCAAAGUGGUUUUGGAGCGACAGCGUCUCGGAGACGGGCAGUGGUCUAGCGCCUCUCGUUUUUGGCCUGAUCGUCAUUCAAUCACUGUUGCCGCGAGCGGUCUACGAAGUCGUCUUCUCGGGGCGUCAGCAGCCAAGCGUGCCCCAGAGAUCCCCGCGCCAUUCGAGCCAAUACCUGGCCAUCUCUGUGCCUAAAACGCUGCUUCACGCGCUUCUGGCUGUUUCCAAUUUGUUCCUAACCCCGGAUGGGAUGACUUGGUGGGCGAUCAGCGGCUUGACCGCUGGCGCAUUGUUCGCACUCUUUGGUGUAGGUUUACGAUCGAUCUCGAGCACUACGCCAGACGUCAGACGCGUUCCAGCGAGCAGGCGAGUGCUCAACUUUCUAUAUCGCGUCUACUGCGCAAGCGCUGUCGUACUGCCUCUGCUGGCGACGAUCAUCCUCGUCGCGACCACGCUCAGACCGACGCCAUCGAUAUAUGCGCCAGUUCCCUCGCUGGCUUCCUUUCCAUCCAGCUUCCCUUCAGCUGUGUCGUCUCUUGCGCUCUCCGCGACGACGUCUCACAUUCACAAGCUGCUUGCAUCUGCGCAUCCCGGUCACGACAAGCUCUUGACGAUCUUACUUAUGACUGCGCCUCGACCAGGUCACCCUGAUUUCUUAAUCAGGACCCUCGAGUCGUAUCUAGCGAAUAUGCCUGAACCCGGCGAAGACAACUUUGGCUCUCGAACGGCGCUCGCAGGACGCGUGCGCAUCGUCGUCUAUACGCACUUUGCCCAUCAUCCCGUCUUUCAACAGGCCCGCGACGUGGUUUUCGCCGACAGUCCCAAGGCCGAAGCCUACGUCGAUUGGGUUCAAAGGCUGCCACUGGCGCCUAGCUCUCCUUCACAUCCAUCCAUCACCGUAGAUCGCCUCGAUCAGCGUCUUCAUCUCGCUCGUGCACUCAAACACGUUACGACAACAUACGACUCAGCAUAUGUCCUUCUUGCGGAAGACGACUUUCCGCUGUGCGAAGAUGGCGUAGACCACUUUGAUCAAGAGGAGCUGUGGCGGCGCGACGAUGCGCCCUUUGGCACCUGGGCGGGCUAUGAGGUGGAGCAUCCUCAACAUACCUCAUACGGCCAAGCUUGGAACGAGAUGCUGCGCGUCUUGGCAGAAGCGAACCGAUGGAUGCCCGAUCAAGCACGCGGUAGCAUGCAGCAGACCGAGGCCGGUCAUUGUGGUGUCUUUGUUGGUACUGGCGGUAGCGGCUUGGCUGUUCGAUCUUGGCUUGCCGAGCGACUGCCUGCGCUCUUGCUUGGUCGUAAUGAUACCAAUGGCGAUUUGCGCGAAGCCCGAGCACUUCAACGGGAGUCUGGCAUCAACAUCCCUGCCGAAGACAUCAACGCAUCUCCUCCUGAUGUUGUGAUACAGGACUGUCUGCUUGGUAACAUUGAGGGCUGCGAGGCAUGUGCCGCUCCGUUGCCAUUCAGUCGAUCGACCCGCUCAACAUCGUUCAGCUCUACGCACGCAACUUACAGCUACCGCCGAUGGCUCAAUGCGCCCGUCAAAACUGCGCGUGAACCGUUUGCAGUUCCGGGCGAUCGUUGGGGCAAGACGGGCUUGGUGACGAGCCAGCGACUGCUCAUGCGACAUCUUGGACACAACGCCUCGACUGUGCCUGACCGUCUAUACAAGCGGGAAGAAUGGGGAUGUGUGCUGAUCAGACAUCACAGAAUGGCGAUCCUUCCGUCCUUACCGUAUAAAGCCUUCUCCCAUUCCCCAGAGGCUAGCUCUGAGAGCUUGACAUCUCGCAAAUCGCGCAACGCAACGCAUCGCACGCAGCGCGCACCGCAUUCCGCAACGGAAGUCAUUCCACUGCCGCUCAUGGACUUUUACCGCAGGCAAAGAUACCCGUCUUUAGUUAUACACGACGAUUGUACCAGUCUUGCAGACAUUGUCAGCUAUGCUGCUUUCGUGAAACGCUCGUUAGUCCUACAACAACCAGACAUGAUACACGGCUGCACUGCAGUGGGCAUGGUGCCAGACGAUCACGCAGGUGGGCUGAGCCCCUUGCCACCUCCCGUCGCGACUUCUCGCAGCUCCGCUGCCCAGCGCUGCGAUUGACCACUCGGGUCUUCGAAGCGGUACAGCUUCGCGAGCGUGCGGACGGAGAAGACCUUUGACGACUCCUCGAAAAUGUCGAUGAGGCAAUUAGAUGACAAUGUCGCCUCGUUUGCCGUUUUGGU